UAAAACGUGAUCAGUGUGUGACGUCCUGUUGGGCACGUUACAGUAGAGCACCUGUGCUACACGUGUGAACAGUGAGCUUCGUUUCUCACAGGAGAAGCGAUAUGAAGAACAGCUUUCAAGGUUUGAAUUGGAGACUCCACUUGAAGAGGCACAAGAUGCCUUGGAUUUAGCCGGCCCACAUGAGUGAUAUGAAUAACACACUGGACGGAAUACACACUUCUGGAAGCCUCGGAGACAAAGCAGAGAUUUAUCAGAGUGGCAAGGGUAAUGUGAGUGGCUUUCCCAGCCCAGCCCUCAUCCCUUUGCGAGCUCCAACACCAAAUGCUCAGAAGAUCAGGACUACGCUCUGCAAGGGGAACAGGAGCAAUAAAGAGGGAGAGGAGUCAGUCUCUUCCCCUGUUCCAAACCCUUUCCCUGAGCUUAUUGCCUCAACCCUCUCCCCCCUUGUUUCUGAAUGUUUAUUACCAUGGACCAAAAGUAGUGCAACUCAGGUAAUCAAAGUGUAUAAUGAAGAUAACACCAGCAGAGCAGUAGAGGUUCCCAGUGACAUCACUGCCCGGGACAUAUGCCAGCUGUUUGUCUUGAAGAACCACUGCAUUGAUGACCACAGCUGGACUCUUUUUGAACACGUCUCUCAUCUGGGAAUAGAGAGAACCAUUGAAGACCAUGAGUCUGUUAUGGAGGUGCUGUCAGGCUGGGGAAUGGACUCAGACUGCCGGCUGUAUUUUAGGAAGAAUUUCGCUAAAUAUGAAUUCUUCAGGAAACCCCUGGACUUUUUCCCGGAUCACAUGGUCUCCAUAUCCAGCGAAACCAAUGGGCAGGUGGAUCACUCUCAGCUUAUACAGACUUUUCUCAACUCCAGCACUUGUCCAGAGAUACAUGGACACCUCCAUGCCAAAGAGCAAAGCAGGAAGUCUUGGAAGAAGUUUUAUUUUGUCCUGCGGAGGUCGGGGCUUUAUUUCUCCAAUAAAGGAACUUCCAAGGAACCAAGGCACCUCCAGUUCAUUGCCGACUUCAGUGACUGUGAUGUAUACACAGUGUUGUCAGCCAAAAAACUACAUGGAGCACCCACAGAUUAUGGCUUCUGUGUCAAGUCCACAAAGUGUAGUUCAUCCCGGGACUUGAAGCUGCUUUGUGCGGAUGAUGAGCAGACCAGGACCUGCUGGAUCACAGCCAUGCGCUUGUUAAAGUAUGGGAUGGAACUGUACCAAAACUUCAUUCAGCCACACCAGAAACAAAAAGCUUCACCAAUGAGAAGCAUCUCAGAGAAUUCACUGGUGGCCAUGGACUUUUCUGGCCAAAAGAGCCGGGUGAUCGAGAACCCGUCUGAGGCGCUGUCCGUGGCCGUAGAGGAAGGCCUGUCAUGGAGGAGGAAGAGCUGCCACCGGCUGAGCGGCCAUGGGAGCCCGUCCACAUCACAGAGCUCAGUGUCAAACAUAGCCCUCCACUUGUCUCAGUCUUGGUUCCACGGCAAACUGUCUCGGGAUGAGGCUCAGCGUCUAAUCACUCAACAGGGUCUAAUCGAUGGAGUAUUUCUUCUGAGGGACAGCCAAAGCAACCCUAAGACAUUUGUGCUGUCGCUGUGCCACGUGCAGAAAAUCAAACACUUUCAGAUCUUACCUGUGGAUGAUGAAGGGGAGUUAUUCUACAGUCUGGAUGACGGCCACACACGGUUCACUGACUUGAUCCAGUUGGUGGAGUUUUACCAGCUAAACCGAGGGGUGUUACCCUGCAAGCUCAAACACCACUGAGCCCGCAUCACCCUGUGAAUAAGGGACCCAAGAGACCCACGAGGGCCCACAUGCACCUUAACUCCAGGGCCUUUCUGGACAAACACUCCCAGUGUUCUUGUGCCUUGAAGAAGAAGAAGAAGAAGAAUAAGAAGAAAGAUAUACAGACUAAACAGCCAUGCUAACUGAAACCACUGUUAUCAAACUCAAUUUGAAAAUAGACUAUAAUAACUGAAGUGAUAAAGAUGAUGUGCAGUUUCCUUCUGGUGACGUCUUUGGUCCUGUAAUGUGCUCAUGUGUGUGGCGGUGAAUCCAUUGUGCAAAGUCCAAACAUGACUUGUUGUACUCUGCAUGGUAGAGCUCAACGUGCACUGCAAACAGCUUGUGAUUCUAACAACAUCACGACACCAGUAAAAUAAAGUAGUUAUUUUUCUUAAGGACAUGCAGUAGCUGGAAUUUGAGUUUUUACGGGAAACAUUUCAAUAGAAUGUCUUCUGCAGCACUUAUAUAUACUUUUUUUUUUUUACUCUAUCAUGCUGGGAAUUGUAGUACACAACACCUCUGUCUUCUUUAAUUUGAGUAAAACUAAGCUAUCUUACUUUUCAUUGUCAUUGUAUUUCUAAGUAAUCAGGUACUUUUUAAAAAAGAUAAUUACUGUUGUUUUCUAUUUGAGAGCAAAAAUACCCUCUCAGGAAGUGUCACUGUGCAAGCCCUGCAAGCUGGAUUGCGACUGCUGUAGAGACAAAAGGAGAAGUAAUGUACAGGUUGAGAGAAAUGGCACACAAUCUCACUGCACUGCACAUUCAUUUUAAAUGUAUGUGAUUAAAUGAAAUGUUUGUAUUACAUGAAAUAGUUGUGAGCUUGCUCUAGAGCGAGAGGAGUGAAAUAUAUUUCACCAAUUUUAGAUACGGUAUAAGCCAUUAAGAUGGAAAUCAGAAAUGCUGUGUGACUGAUUUGAAUCAUAUCUGAAUUAAGGUAUGUAGUUUGCAAACACCUGGGUUGGUUGUAUUUUUGAUGUUAUUGCCACUGAUGUGGAUGCAUCGGAUAUUGUUUUGUUUUCAAAAAGCAAAUUAUGCAUCAGCUUUUAAGACAUGAUUGAAAUCACCAUCUUUUGCUAGUUUCAUUUUUUUUCACCUGUGCAUUGAACAAUGAAUGUCAUGGACUGCAUAGUUUUAUAUAUAAACAAAGUCUGUUUCUAAUGUA